AUGGCGGAUCGGCUCCCCGGCCAGUUUGCUUUGGGUUUAAGGGUUCUAUUGGUGGACAAUAAUCUCAAGUACCUCGAACUUCUCCAGAACAAGCUGCAACAUGAGUGCAAGCACAAAGUGAUCGCACUUACUAAAAGUCGGAAUUUUGUUUUUAUUUCAGUAACUACGUGCACGGGAGUGAAGGAGGCAUUAUCUUUGCUGCUAGAGAAUAAGGACGGAUUCGACAUCAUCUUGACCGAAUUUCACAUGCCCGACAUGGAUGGCCUUCAACUCCUGGACUCAAUCCGGGACAUCGGUGAUCACCUUCCCGUUGUGUUGUUCUCGGAAGACCAGGACAUGGCUGUUGUGAAACAAGGGUUUGAGAAGGGGGCUUGUGAUUUCCUGGUUAAACCGAUUCGAGACGAGGACCUGAAGAUGAUUUGGAAGUACGUUCUUCUUUUUAGGCUCAAGAAGGAGGGCAUCGUUAACAAUGUCAUCACCGAAGUUAAUAAUCAGCAGGCUGAAAGAUCUGAGUCCGUGCAUCAGUCCUCGUCUGAUGACACAGUAACUCACCGGAGGGAAGGAAGCCCAGCGAAGAGAAGGAAUUGGGAUAGUGUUGAUCAAGACGAUGAAGCGAAAGACAAUAAGGACAUCAAAGCCACUCCAUCGAAGAAGCCGCGAGUGCAUUGGACAUCAGAACUCCAACAGAAGUUUGUCGAGGCCAUCGAGAGAAUCGACAGAAGGAAGAAGGUACAAGUAGUUCCGAAGGAUAUUUUGGACGAGAUGCGAAAGAUGGGCGUUACCGGGCUUACCAGACAGAAUGUUUCCAGCCACCUUCAGAAACACCGGACAAACAAGAAGAAGCAAGGGGAAUCCUUGGAGCUACGGACCAGGCACCCUGGCCUCAGUACGACCAAUUACUCAAGCCCUGGCCAAUACUCAUCUCCAUCAAUCGGGUCGAAUGCUGCACCUCUAACUGCUCCUAAUCAUCAUCUCUAUUCUCGGAACUUCUCAAUGCCAAACAACUACUUCUCGAUCGGCCAACCAGUGGGUCCACUUCCCAUAGGCCCGAUGGCCCAGCAGCUCACAUUACCGCUCAACCAUAUUCAAUCACCUCUCUGGAGCUCAAGCCUCCACCAUGUUAUCGGGUCGGCCACCCCGGCAAACCUGCAGUUCAUGAGGCCUCCCUCCAUCUUUGGAAACCAAAAUCAAGAAUUGAUUCCAGGUCCUCAUUUGGUCAACCAGUCAACGACUGAUCAACGUCAGUUCAUCGCAGCCUGCCCAUACGGAAGUGAAUCCCCCUGUGUCAGCAAUUGCCCUCAGGAACCGGAACCGCCCAAUAUCAUCAAUUCCACCCUCCCGAUCCAUCAAAGCUUCAACAAUUACGGAGUUCAAGAUGCUGCACUUCAGAUUCCAACAGCAGAGCUAAACGUUCCUUCAUAUCCCUCUCAGCACACGGACGUCGGCUCUGGGACCACUGCAGCAACUCAACAAGAGGCAAGCUUUAACGUGCAAAGCUUCGUAGCACCUACGAGUCUAAAUCAACUGACCGACAUUGGACCACUUGGCUUCGAAGAUCUUGAUCUGCCGUGGUUCGAACCCAUAGAGUGGUAA